AUGUAUUAUAAUUAUUUUCCGACGAAAAAAUUUCAAAUUUAUCAAAUAUUUUCGUCAAACACUAAUUUGGGUAAAACGAUAUUUUCGACAGGAUUGAUAAGAGCUUCAAUAAUAAAAUCUCAAAGGAACAAAAAUCAUUAUUAUUUAAAACCAAUUCAAACGGGAUAUCCAAAAGAUGAUGAUUUACGAUUUGUGAAAACAUAUCUUCCCGAAAAGUUUAAUAACUUAAUUAAACUUGAGUCAUUGUAUAAAUACGAAAAAGCGGUUUCAUCACAUUUAGCGACUAAUAACCCGAUACCUAAAGAUGAAGAUGUAUUAAACAAAAUAAAGGGAACCAUAUCGGAAUCUUAUAAUGAAUCAUUGAAAGAUGGAGGGAGGUUAUUUUUGGAAACAGCUGGCGGUGUAAAUAGUCCGAUCAUGUCAGGUACCAUACAAUCGGAGUUUUAUCGAGCAUUGAGGUUACCGAUAGUUUUAGUGGGAGAUAGUAAUUUAGGGGGAAUAAGUACGACAAUAUCGUCAUAUGAAUCAUUAACGCUAAGAGGAUAUGACAUCCCAACCUUACUAUUAUUUAAUAAUGAAAGAUAUAAUAACCAUUUAUUCAUUGAAAAAUAUUUUAAUGAGAAUCAAAAUUCGUCUAUUAUCACGCCUAAAAUAUUUACCAUUUCAUUACCACCACCAAAAGCGGAAAAUGAUUUAUCAGAUGUCAAAGAGUUAAAAGCAUAUUUUGAUUCAAAUGAUGAAAAAUUUCAAGCCAUAAUUAGUACAUUAGAGGAAUGGCAUGACAAUAGGUUUAGUAGACUGGAUGAAAUGGAAGAAAAAGCAAAGGAAAUGGUUUGGUGGCCAUUCACUCAACACAAUAUCGUUGAUGGGGUUAACGUAAUUGAUUCUGCUUAUAAAGAUUUAUUAAUAAGUUACAAGGAUGAUUCUAAUUUAGUAGAGACAUUUGAUGGAUCCGCAAGUUGGUGGACGCAGGGAUUGGGUCAUGGAAAUUCUAAAUUAUCGUUGACGGCAUCGUAUGCAUCAGGCAGAUACGGUCACAUAUUAUUUCCCGAAUCGAUUCAUGAACCUUCUUUAUCAUUAUCGGAAUCUUUGCUUGAUGGGGUAGGGAAAAAUUGGGCCAACAGAGUAUUUUAUUCUGAUAAUGGAAGUACCGCCAUGGAAGUUGCUUUAAAGAUGGCAUUAACCGAAAAGCAACCUGGAGAUGGGAAGGAAUUAUUGAUAUUGGGUUUGGAAGGAAGUUAUCAUGGUGAUACGAUUGGAGUGAUGAAUGCGAGUAUUCCUAGUAUUUAUAAUAAACGCGUUAAUUGGUAUUCUCCGAAAGGUGUUUGGUUUUCCCCCCCACAAAUAUUAAUGAAAGAUAAUACAUACAGAAUAUUUACCAAUGGUGAUGAAGUUGGUAGGUUUGAUUCAUUGUCAGAGAUAUUUAGUGAGAGUCGAGUCGAAAAGGAUCGAUUGUCAUAUCAUUACAAGCAAAAGAUCGAAAAACAAAUACUUGAUCAUUUGAAUCAAGGUGACCAAUUUGGAGCAUUGAUAAUGGAACCAAUAGUGAUGGGUGCUGGAGGAAUGAUAUUCGUUGAUCCAUUAUAUCAAAAUCAAUUGAUUAAAUCUGUUCGUUCGAUGCUCAAUAUUCCAAUAAUAUUUGAUGAAGUAUUCACAGGAUUUUGGCGAUUGGGUAGACAGUCUGGUGCCGAAUAUUUAAAUGUUAAUCCAGACAUCGCGGCUUACGCAAAGUUAUUAACCGGCGGAUUAUGUCCUUUGGCGGUUACUUUGACUAAUGAACAGAUAUUUGACAAAUUUCUUGGUAACACAAAAGUUGAUGCCUUACUUCACGGUCAUUCGUAUACAGCACAUCCUAUCGGUUGUUUGGUUGCAAAUACUUCGAUCAAUGAAUAUAUUGAUCUGUUCAAAAAUGUUUGGAAUAAAUCAAGAGAGGAGUGGGGCGAUUCAGACAACGAAAUCUUUAGUGUAUGGAGCAAAAGUAGUGUGAAAAAACUUUCUUGUUUACCAAAUGUUAAUGGUGUAUUUGCAUUGGGUACCAUAUUAUCUAUUGAAUUAAAUGAUAAAAGUGGUGGUGGUUAUGGUUCUAAUGUUGCCAAACUUUUUACCGAGAAACUUUCCCACGUUGAACGUAAUUCUAUCGAUGAUUUUGGCAUUAAAACUAGACCUUUGGGUAACGUCGUUUAUAUCAUGUCCUCAUUAAUAUCCGAUGAAAAAUCCAUUAGAAAUAUAGAAAAGAAAAUAAUAAAUUGUUUAAGCGAAUAA